AUGACAGCCCUAGUUCACAAAUCCCCCAGUUCACAAUUAACCAACUCACACGGUUGCAACAAGCAAUGCGUGGUUACCGGUGCAGUCAACGGAACAGUGAAGAUAUGGAAGGUACAGGAGAAUGCCCUAGAAACCCUCCAAGAAAUUCAAAACGCGGAUUGUGGGUCCAUCUUCAGUGUAGGGGUUAAUCCGCAGGGAUCGCAUAUCUUUGCAAUGUUCACCAGUGGUUCCAUCAAGAUGUGGAGCACAGAUGGGGUGCUCCACGGUACUAUUCAAACGAGUCCAUUGGACCAUUGUAAUGGUGUGUUUAUUGAUGAUUCGAGAAAGAUUGUGACUGGUACCCAUGAUGGUAAAAUCAACUUCUAUUAUACUGGUAACUGUGGUCUGGCCAAAUCAAUAACAACAACGCACGGUUUUAUCAGCUCGGUUGCGUUUAGCCCAGAUUCACAAUUGCUUGCCGCCGGCUUUGAAAGCGGUAAUGUUGUAAUCUACCGUCAUCGAUCAGGGGCCAUAAUUAAAGACUGCAACCUGAAUGGAAAGAAAGUGAACUGUAUAAGCUUUUCUAACGACUCCAAAGAGUUCAUCUCGUGCACAGGAAUUGGCGUAACAAUCUAUGGGGUUGAACAAAACCGAUUGCUCCACUUCAUUCCAGCGCAUCUACAACCGAUACUGAGCUGCUCGUUAUCAAACAACGGUAAGUUCUUUCUCACCUGCAGUGAAGACAACAGUGUAAACGUUUGGGACAAGGAAGAGUGUGUGUCCAAGGCCACAAUUGUUGCACAUAGUGACAGUGUUUGGGGGGCUUUGUACCUCAUGUGUGAUAAAAAAAUUGUAACCGUUAGUGAAGACAAAACUGUAAAGAUGUUUAAGCUGAAAAAAACCAGCCAAUCCAAAUUUGUUAGUUGGGCAGUCCCAAUUGUAAACUUUAUCAAACGGUCAUUCUAA